UGCGUGAUGACGUCACGUCUUUUUACGUAGUAAAAACAAGGCGCGUGUGAGUUGGUGGCGCGUUUAAAGAGUCCAGUUUGGAGAGUAAAGAGAGAAACGCGAGGAUUAGAAGUGCAUUUUCCCGGAUUAGGGUUAUUAAUCUGAAGCGGAAGGAUGUCUCAACACAGCCGGACCCUGAUGCACCUGCCCUGCUCCAGCCUCCGGAACAAACGGUCCCGGACCUGCCUGGCUGAGGGUCCGGACUCUGAGUGCACCCCCACAGAGUCCAUCCAGCAGAGACCACCGCCUCUCAAGGUCCCACUGCUCCUCCCCAGGGGCAAAGAGAACGAGUUUGUGCUGGCCCGGAGGUCCCGGAGGAGGAAAAGCUCCAAGUCAGGUGUUUCAUUGGAUCAUCUACCUGAGGAGCUGCUCCUGAGGAUCUACUCUUGCCUCCCCUUGCAUGACCUGCUGAGGAUUUCUGGAGUCAGUAGGCGCUGGCAGCGUUUGGCGUCCGAUGAGUCUCUGUGGUACAGCGUGGACCUGGAGGGGCUGACCCACGUGGGCCCGGCUCUGCAACAGGUUCUGAGGACCGGGGUCCGCCGGCUGCGCUGCCCUCGAGCUUUUGUAGAGGAACAAUACCUGACCGACUCUCGCCCGCUGCAGAUCGUUGAGUUGGACCUGUCCAGCUCUAUCAUCCCGACCUCGACUCUCCAGAACAUUUUGGGUCGCUGCAGGCUGCUGCACCACCUGAGCCUGGAGGGUCUGCAGCUCUCCAACAGCAUCAUCAGCUGCCUGGUGAAGAACUCCAACCUGCUGCAGCUCAAUCUGAGCGGCUGCUCUGGCUUCUCUUCUGCUGCUCUCACUGAGCUGCUUCAGUCCUGCUGCAGGCUGGAGCAGCUGAACGUGUCGUGGUGCAGCUUCAGCAGCGAUCAUGUGAAGAGUGUUGUGGGUCACCUGAGUCCAACCGUGUCUGCCUUGAACCUGAGUGGCUACAGAGAGAGUCUGACCCUGGACGAUGUGAAGGUUCUGGUGGACCGGUGUCCUCACAUCCAGACUCUAGAUCUGAGUGACGGCACCCUCCUGACGGCCAACAGCUUCCCGGUUCUCCGGCAGCUCCGGAAGCUGCUGCACCUGUCUCUGAGUCGCUGCUAUCACAUCCACCUGGCUGCUCUCAGCGACCUGGAGAAGCUGAUCCCGUCGCUCCGGUUCCUGGACAUCUUUGGACUGGUCCAGGAGAACCAGCUGUUGUCUCUGAAGGAGGAGCUUCCCCACAUUAGCAUCAACUCCAGACCCUUCUCCGCCGUGGCCCGGCCCACUCCCGCCUCCCAGCCGGACCGCAGCAUGUGGGGCAGGACGUGUCGGCUCAGGGCGGGACCCUGACGGGGUUCUGCUGCAGCACGCUGGUCGUGCCACUAGUCCUACCGGACUUCUCGGGUUUUACGCUAGUAUUGGUUCUGCCCGGCCCAUACGGGCUGAAAGUUCUGGUUCUGCUCAGUAAUAAGCUGUUGAUUUUAAUCAUUGAAGUUUUUCUACCGCAUGAAGUUCGACUCUGAUCCGUUUUAAAUAAUCAGUGAAUGUUUUCAGAACCGCAAGUUUUUUAUCCGAGCCGGAUCCAUUAAACCAUUCCAAAUCCUGAAA